AUGGACCGAAAAAGGAGCGCCAGUUUUGCCCUUGACCAAACACCGACGCAAAGUAGACCAGGCAAUCCACCAGAUAAUGCACAAUCACAUGAACCAAACGGUUCAGGACACAGCGCUACUCCUGGGGAUGUUAUCGGUGAAACACAAACCUCCGACCGUCUGCGUCGUCUUUUGGACCAUUUGCCACAGUCACAGCAACCACAGUCAGGUGCAGCCGCAGCUCCAGACGAUUCCCAAGUUAUUAACCAGAAAUCCGAACAGAUUCAACAGCAGGAACAGGAUUUAGGGGAUGUAGAGCAGAGGCGAGCCAUGGAGUUGCUUCGGUCUAUGGAUGACGACGCCGACAGUGGAGGGAAAGUAAUUGUCUGCUCGGCCCCAGAUGCAGGCGGCGAAAAGGGCGACCUUGGUACCUGCGUCGUACCUCUCUCUGAUGCUUUGCCUGAUGGGCAACAGUGUUUAGCCCAUCGAACCCGCGGCUCCGAGGGUGAGGGUUCAACGGAGACUCCAGACGCUGCGGAUUCUGCGAUAAGGCCUUCGACGGCAAGAGCUACAGCACCUGUCGUUAAUGUGGCAAAUUUAAAUACGGAUGAUUCGUACAUAGCUGAGCUCACUAUGAGAGCCCAAGAGAGUGAACGCGAGGAUGUGUUGAAGGAACUGGCGUCCUAUCCAGAGUUAGAAUUUUUACGGCGUGAAUAUGAAAAGCUUCAUCAGGCCCUUAAGGCCUCUCAAAAAAAUGAAAUGGAGCUCAAAGCAAAAUGUAUGGAUCUGAGCAGUGCUCUGCAAGCUAACGCGCUGCAGGUGCAUGCAGCACUUAAAGAAGCCAGCGGAGAAGAGGAAACAAUCAAGAGGCUGAAGCGAGACUUAAGUGCUUCAUUGAUAGAAGUUGCUAACGGGAAGGCCCGGGAGGCCGCGGAAACAAAGGCAGCAAAUCAACUUCGUGCCCAGAUUGAAGAACUUUACAAGAGAAUAGACGAAGAAGAACAACGUUCUUUACAGCAAAAUGCCCGGUUGAACGAACUGCUGCAAGAGAGAGACAAACUACAAUCAAGUCUGCAGGAGCUUUACACUACUCAAGAGCAGCUGCAGGAUCGACGCGCUGCUGCUGAUGAAGAGGCAAAGAAAAGGGAGAGGCUAGAAAGACAACUAAAGCAAAACAAAGCACACUUCGAGCAGCAGCAACAAGAACUCGCCAAGAAGCAGGCAGAUCUGGCUCAGUCAGAGGAACAAAUAGCUGCGCUUCAGCAGCAACUGGCCAUGACGCAGCAACAGGUCCAGCAGGAGGUACAGGAAUCGCAAGAAAUCCAGAGGCGCAUAGCUCCAUGUUUGAUUUCUACAUUAGUAUCCAGACGCGACGUUGAGGGUCUGCAGCAAACGGAGCUUCGUUUGAACGACCAGAUCUACAAAAACAGCCGUCUAAAGGCUGCAAACGACUUCCUCCGAUGUAGGGAAAGAGAAGCUGAGCUUAAGUCAAAGCAAGAAGAGAUCGAGAAAAUGCGAACGGAGAAAAAUCUUUUAAACGCUGACGCCAAUGCAAAGAAGCAUGCUGACCACGCCAAGAGACAACUAACUCACUGCGAGCAUCUUGAAAAGGAAGUUGAUGGGUUCCGGCGGGAAUGCCAACAACUGCAGCAGAAAGUUGAGACGCUGGAAGCAGAAAGGGAUCGCUAUGGCCACACUCUAAACAAAAGCAACCAGAAGUGUGGCACUACCACAGCUCACAUUAUCAAUCUCCCUGGAAUAAUUCCUGAAGGCAUUAUUAAGUUGUUCCUCGCCAUGACAUCGCAGUACUUGGAGAGCCUCGAACAGCUCAAAAAUGAGGAGCUUAGAGUGGCGGAUCUGCAGCGGUCUAUUGGGGAACAGCAGUCAAAGCUUGCUGCACAAAAGACCUUGUACGAGGCUAUAUUGGCAGAGAGGGACAUGCUGGGGACUCAGCUACUCAAGCGAAAUCAAGAGCUAUCUCUCCUCUACGAAAAGGUGAGAAUCCAAGAGUCAACGCUUGCCAAGGGAGAAGCCCAAUACAAGGAGCGACUGAAGGAAAUUAAGGAGUGGAGCCGGCAGUGCCUGGCGUUUAGGCGGGAGCUUCGCAACCUUGAAGGAGGUGUUGCUGAAGUGGAGUCACUAAAGCGAGAAAUCCUGCAACUGCAAAAGGAGUUACUGCAAGGUGCACCUCUUGCGAGAAAAGAUUGUCGGACGAAGGUCAGGGCACUCACUGAGGCCCUGGCAACGCCGAUGAACGUGCACAGAUGGAGACGGCUCGAAGGGACCGACCCUGCCAAGGUUGAACUAGUGAAAAAAAUCCAGUCUUUGCAGAAGCGGCUCAUCGCAAAAACUGAGGAGGUUAUUGAGAGGGAUCUGCAAAUUCAGGAGAGGGAAAAACUCUGUGUGCAGCUAAAGGUCACGUCGAAGAGAGACGAGAUUGAAAGACUUCACAAAGAGCUUGAGGUGUCUACACUUAAUCACCUGAUAGUCAUAGUAGAUGGUUUCAGGAGCCGCUGCUUCCCAAAGCCGUUGUUAAACUCUGCAUGCAGUGUAUUUUUCGUGCAGGCAGUAAAAUGUUGCUACAUGGAAGAGAAGAGGAACGAAUCUAGGGAGCAGCAGAAGCAGCAACACUUGCAACAGCGACAGACGACGGGAGAUGUAUCAAGGACGGACACUUUCUUUUCGUCCAGCACCUUCGAAUUCCUCACCGGAAAUAUGUCAAGCGUCUAA